AUGGAUAAUAUAUCGUCGCCUCAACGCAUUCGACUGAAUUUUCAAAUUCAUGCUCGAAUCCGCAGUCCAGACAACAAUGAGAAUGCGCCAUUGUCAGUGGGUAUCAUUCCCCUCCCACCUGAGAUGGUAUAUGACAUACUGGAUUAUCUACCGGUCGAAGAUCUAGUUUCAUUCACAUUUUGUCGAUGGGACUUUUUUUGCGCUUCGGUUGACUUCCUGAUGCAUAAAAUGGGACCGGCAUUGCAAAGUCUUGACUCGCUGGUUGAGAUUUUCAAAGACAAGCGUUGGCCCAAGCAGUGGCUGCUGAAUCUCAUCCUGAAAUCCACCAAACUUGGAGCGUUGGGUUUUCGAGGCUUCAUUUGCCUCGUAGCACUAUUUGAGAAGAAGCACUGGCCUGAAAAGGUGCUGCGAGAUAUCGUCUCUGCAUGUGCGAGUCAUGGAACUCCAAUUCCACACAGCUGCCUUCGUUGCGAAUUUAUUGAAGGAGCCAGUCUGUAUCUAAAAGCAUGUCCGUGUGCAAUAUUUGAUACCGAUCAGUUUCAAAUGACUAUUCUCCAAGUUCACGUCCUUUGCCGUGCUACAGCAUGUAUUGAAGCAAUCGAGGCCAUCCUUCGAGAGAUAUCAGAGCCAGAUCAAAGAAGGUAUGUCAAUCAACUCGACGACUUCAAUCAAACUGCUUUGGAUUACGCGAUUCGAAUUUCCCCUCCUACUGUUAUCCAUGCUCUCAUUCGUGCAGGGGCAGAGUUCGACAAUCACGACCAGCUGGGUUUUACGCUACUCAUGAAUGCUUGUCACCUGGGACGGGUUGAAACCGUUCAAUGCUUAGGUAGACACGGUGCCAGUGUCACCGCCGCGAGCAACGUUGGUCUCUCGGCUCUGGAAUAUGUCAUGAUGGGAGAGAGUAGGUCGAAGGAUUCUCUCCUGAAGUAUCUCGGACCACGAGCCAGCCAAUAUCAGCUCAAUAGAGCGCUCUCACUCGCGCGCGGGCAAGGCAAUGAGUUUAUGAAUACCCUGAUAGAGUGCGGUGCAGAUGCUCAAUCUAUGAGGUCAUCCGAAGACAUGCUUUCAAUUCGCACGCCCCGGCCUCCUUCUCCGACAACUAUACACCAAUACUCUGCGUUGCCAGUAAUUGGGAGUGCGCCAGAGUCUUGGGCGUCUAAUAUUGUUGGACCACCUAUGAGAGACUCGAUAAAUUUGACAAGAAGAGAAUCAACCAACGAAGGCCGACAAUAUGGACGCGAUAAUACUACGCUGCGUGCUGCACACAGUGCCAACUUCAGCGCUGAAAAUGCCCAGGUAGAUGAAUGUGCCAAAUUGGGACUGGUCGCUUCUCCAUUAUGCGCGUGGGUCCGUUGGAGGCCUGCAGAUACGUUUUCAAAAGGGGAUGUAUGGCGACAAGGAUUCACUUCAAAACGCGUCCGACUCCCAGAACCGAUAUCAAAUGUCAAGUAUAUCGACGAGAUCGGUUACACCCACCGCCGAUAUAGGCGAGCGAAUAUCGAGAAGAUCGUGGGGGUAGUUGUAGCGGAAAAACUGCCGUGCAAUUCUUUUGUACGAGCCCCAACGGCCUACGUCAAAGUCAAAUGGACGGGCGUGUCCUACGAAGAUCUUGUACUCUGCACAGAUAAUUGCAGCUAG